AUGGAGAGAGCCGCUGGCGCACCUGAUAUAGGCGGUGGAGGAGCGGGUGGUGGAGCAGCUGGACCUCCUCCACAAGAGGGGCCAACACAACCUAUAGUACAGGAUGAGAGCUGUUUCAAUCAAAAUCCUUGUUGUGCCACAUGGGCAUCGCAGGGUGGUUGCAGACGAGAUACUGCCAGAAUGGACAUUGUUUGCUCUGCCAGUUGUAAUGCGUGUAAACCACAGACUUACACUCUUCAAGAC